UUAAAUGCCCUCCAGCUACAGUUAGUGCCUGUAGCACACUAGCCUGUCCCAUGCUGGAGUUAAGUUCUGCCCCCACACUGGUCUGAGUUGCGUUGGUAAAGCAGGGGGCAGCGCACAAACAGGCUGCAACAACAUUUUUUUUUUCUUCAUGCUCUGAGGGAUCUUAUCAACUGGAUCCUGGCUAAAGAAAUAGCACUAUACAUUGAUGACAACUGUAAAGAUCCAGAGAAAAAGCAUUGAGAACAUCACUUGAAUUAGCCAUGAGCUGUUUGGAUGUUAUGUACCAAGUAUAUGGUCCUCCUCAACCCUAUUUUGCAGCAGCUUAUAGUCCAUACCAUCAGAAACUCGCCUUUUACUCGAAGAUGCAAGAGGCGGCAGAAAGUGGCAGCAGCAGCAGUGGCAGCAGCAGCAGCAGCAGCUCGUUCAGCAGCCACGCUCCCGCCAGUAUAAAGGAGGAGGAGUGCAGCCCGGAGAAGGAGAGACCUCCAGAGGCCGAAUACAUCAACUCCAGAUGUGUCCUCUUCACCUAUUUCCAGGGGGACAUCAGCUCGGUUGUGGACGAGCAUUUCAGCAGGGCCCUCAGCCAGCCCAGUAGCUACUCCCCGAGCAGUGCGGGUGCCAAGGCGUCUAGGAGCAGCAGCAGCUCGUGGAGAGACCAGUCUUACCCCAUGAGCCAGAGGAGUUUCCCACCAUCCUUCUGGAACAGUAGUUACCAGCCAUCUGCGGUGAGUGCCAGCUCGUCCUUGGGAAGCAGCCUAGCUAGUCCUCUCAGUGGCCCUCACUCAGAUAUCCCAUUUGGUACAGACCCUUAUUCCCCCGCCUCUCUACACAGCCACUUACACCAGGGGCCCCCAGAGCCCUGGCACCAUGCGCACCAUCACCACCACCACCCCUACUCCCUUGGUGGAGCCAUCAACAGCCAGGGCAGCACCUACCCCCGGACCAGCAUGCAUGAGGUCUACAGUACACACUUUGAUCCUCGGUACAGCUCACUCCUGGUACCGGCUUCAGUUCGCCCUCACCGGAUCACCCCAACAGGCACAGCAUCAGCCACAGCACAAUGUGAUCUGGGGAAAGCAGAGCCGGCCACCUCCGCGUGGACAACCCCUGGGCCAUUCCCUGGACCAACAGGGGAGAUGGGUCAGGGCAUUGGGCUCAAUGUAGAUGCAGGUUUGCAGCCUCAAGAUAAAAACAAGGAUCUGUACUGGUUUUAACCCUGUAGAUCCCCCCCCAUCAUGUAGAAUUGAUGGCUUUGUGAGCAGACAUGGGAGUUUCUUUGCUUUGGUGGUAACAGCUUGUGAUCUUCGUUUACAGCUCGACGCUAUCCCUUCUGUGGUGGACCUCUCCUGAGCUGAUCCCGUCAAAGACUUGAAACAGUCUCUUUACCCCCAAGGCCCAGAACACUUGUGAACCAGCACUAUGACUUCAACUGCCAACGGAUGCCCUCUGGACUACAUGCCAGUUAGAAGGGAAAGAGAUUUAUUUCUUCUGUGCGCAGAGACUUGUGAAAAGACUGACACAAUCUUUUUAUUUAAUUUGUUGUGAUAAUUCAACAAAAAAACCUUUCCACCAAAUAAUAGCAUUAUAUAAAUAUAUAAAUAUAAAUAGAUAUAUAUUAAUAUAAAUUCACUGGCUUUCAUAUGACAAAAGACUUAUUUUUUGGUGUUGUGAAUAUUUUUAUGCCUUUGUGAAUUUGACUUUCCAUGCAAGCUACCUGUUUGAUGAACAUCGAUGUAUUCCUAUAGACCUGUAUGUUGACUAAAACGGGACAAUGAAAGUUUAAAGGGCAAGGGACAAUUAAAAGCCCAUAUGUGGAUAUGCAAUCCUGUUUAAGGAAUGGACUGGGGCCACCUGCCCUCAGUUUAAAGAAAUGCAGCUGUUAAAUGGACAACUGUUCAAACUGCAGAAACAUGACAACCAAGGUGGCACUUCUUAGGGUUAAGCCCGACAAUUGCAAUUUUUUUUUUUUUACAAGGAGAAUUUUAUCAUGAAAGAAAACACCCUACAGAAAAAUAAAUGACAGCCUGUUUUUGGAACAACUGUUCGGUAGAUGACUGAAAGGAGAUCUGCACAGAGUGCUUAUUUUGGACAAUUGAUCUCAGACAGCUACACUACCCCCCCCCCCCACACACACACACAAAUAAUGCUGUCAUGCUGUCACUUUAACUUGUUUUGGGAAACAUUGAAAGAUGUAUUUAAUUGUAGGAAUACUGAAUUAAACUAUUUGUGUUCUUAACAGCGUUGUUUGAUGAGCAAGAAGAAAAAUGUAUAUUUAGAUAAUGGAAUAGAGAAAAAAAAAGAAUAACAGAAGCAUGUAAAAUACUUAAGUAAUGCAGAUAUUUUAUGUGAGUUCCUAACACAAUUGAGCAAUAUAUCAUUUGUAUAUGCAGUUAUAUUGCCUUUUAGAGAAAAAAAACAGCUGUUGGAGACAUUGAUCAGAACUCCUGUAGCAAGUAAAGGAAACUCUUCUCAUACCUAUUUUAAACCCUCUGACAGUUUAUGCAGUUGUCCCGUGUACAUGACAUGGAAAAAUAUUGUUACUAAAUGCAAGUGCCUGCUUAGGUGAGAUUUGUGAUCUCAGACAUCUUUAAGAGAGGAACAGUCUGGUGAUUUCAAUUGAGUAGAUUCCCGAUCCACUGCCCGCUUUGUUCUUGUAACUUUAUUUGUGCUUACAAUAUUAUUUUAAUUUGUUUUCCCAUAUACAUUUUCCAAUAUAUUCUGAUCUUAAUGUUUAACACCAGAAGUAAAUCAAAUUUACUAAGCAGAUAAAUGGGCAUUGAAUAUCCUUUUAUAAAUAAAAUCGUUCCAUUCCAUAAAUAAGGGUUGUUGUUUUUUUGUUUUUACAAUAGCAAUGAAUAAAAACAAACAAACAAAUAGAAAAAAAGGAAUUGGCUAUUUGUAUUAAAGCAGAGAACACUGUGUUAACGAUAUCUUUUGGUUUCUUUUCUAUUGUUAAGUGCUGUCAAUUCAAGUCAUCUGCUUAACGACCAAUGUGUCAAAAUAGUAUUUUAAAAUUUUAUUACAAGACCAAUGAUCAAAUUCGAAUAUUUUAUAGCUAUUUCCUGUAAUAUAAACAAUAAAGUUAAUAUAUUGUGAAUGGAACAA